UCGACUGCUUGCAUAUAGUCGCGAUAGUAAACAGACUUGCCAGUUAUUUAUCAGUCAUUUAAUCAUCGACGGAUAACGAGUUGAGAUUAGAACAUGUUAUAUAUGGAAAGGCUAGCAUUGUUCAUUGUCAAAGUGAAAAGUAUCUAGUAGUCACGACUGCUGUCUUAUCUCUGAUCUUCUCACGCUUUCGUUUGCUUCCACGUCUGAAGCAGAUUUUUAUGCAACAAUAUGUUUCGCUCUUGGUUCAACAGAUAUUCGUCUUUUCCAUCGAUCGCCAACUAUCGCGUACAUCGAGGAGACGUCUUCAAUCCGGGAAACUCGCUAAUCGAUCGUUGUCGAAACGAGAAACGAUUUAAUCACAAUCAGCAAGAAAAUCUGGCCCGGAUAGCCCGCGGAGGGGACCUACCGUUAAGGGAAGAAACCAUCGGAAAAUUAUUGGGAACAGCAGCGGAAAGGUGGCCGGAUCAAGAAUGCGUGGUUUCCGUUCAUCAAAAUAUACGCCUGACGUUCUCAGAGUGUUUACGUCGCGCCGAUCGUUUGGCAGCGGGAUUGAUCAAAUUGGGGAUGAGACCCGGCGAUCGUAUAGGAAUGUGGGGUCCGAACGACGUCGAAUGGUUGUUGAGCUUCUUUAGCGCCGCCAGAGCGGGCUUGAUCCUAGUCGCGAUCAAUCCGACGUACCAGAUGAACGAGAUCAACUACUGUUUACAAAAGGUUGGCGUGAAAGCUGUGAUAGCUCCCGCCAGUUUCAAGAUGCAAGACUAUCCACGCAUGCUGUUGGAGGCGCGACAAACGUGUCCCACAUUGGAGCACAUAAUUAUCCAUUCGAAGGAUCACGUGACGGGAACUCAUCGUUUCUGCGACGUGGAGGAACUCGCGUCGAAGAUCGAGGUGGAGAGGAUCGCAGCCCAGCAAGACGAGAUAUCCUGCUACGAGGGUACCGACAUACAAUUCACCUCGGGAACCACAGGGAAGCCGAAGGCUGCGUUCCUGUCGCAUUGGUCCCUCGUGAAUAACGCGAUACAGGCUGCGAAAAGAUCGGAACUCGCCGUCGGGCACAAGGUUUGCCUAAACGUACCGCUCUUUCACGCGUUUGGGUUAGUUAAAGGUUUGCUUUCCUCGUUUACCGCCGGCACCACUCUGGUGCUGCAAGGACGCUCGUUCAAUCCCGUGCAGUCGAUCGAAGCGAUAGUUCGAGAGAAGUGCAACGUUGUUUAUGGAACGCCAACGAUGUGGAUCAAUAUGCUGGACGCUCAUCAACGACUUCAACCUCCGCCGAUAACUCUGUUCGCUGGCUUCACCGGUGGUUCACCUGCGUCACCGGAGCUCUUUCGAAAAAUAAGGGACCGCUUUCGUUUCGACAAUAUGAAGACGAUAUUCGGAUUGACGGAGACAGCGGCGGUGAUUUUCCAAUCGUUGCCCAACGAGGACCACCAUUUGACGGAGAACACCGUUGGGCAUCUGGCGGACCACGUCGAAGCAAUGGUGGUGGAUGAGAAUGGAUCACCCGUACAAUUUGGUUCUCCAGGAGAGCUUUGGAUACGUAGCUACUGCAACAUGAAGGGUUACUGGCAGGACGAAGAGAACACACGAAAAACUUUGACCGAAGACGGUUGGCUAAAAACCGGUGAUCAAUUCGUGUUGGAAUCAAAUGGGUACGGACGGAUAGUCGGGAGGCUGAAGGAUAUGCUGAUACGAGGCGGAGAGAAUAUUUACCCUAAGGAGAUCGAGGACUUAUUGAUGACGCAUCCUCUGAUGCUGGAGGCGCAAGUUAUAGGCGCCUACGAUAGCGUCUACGGCGAGGAAGUGUGCGCAUGCGUGCGCCUCCAAGCAGGCGCCAGUCUUACCAAGGAACAAUUGCGGGAGUACUGCAAGGGACGAAUCGCGCCCUUUAAAAUACCUCGUUACGUGGUGUUCGUCGAUGAGUAUCCGAAGACAGCCAGCGGGAAAAUACAGAAGCAUAUAAUGAAGAAAGAAUUGGAAGAAAAGGGGAUAAUCCCUACGGCACCCAGUCACGAUGCACCUAGUUUAAAUAUACCGAUUAAGAGCUAAUCUUGGAAGGAUAAAACGUUGCUGUGUAUAGGACAAGAUAAACUCUGUCUAGUCGAUUUACACAAACGUAUGCAAGCGAUACGGACUUAAAAAUAAGGUUCUUCUAUAUUUUUUCUUUUUGUUAUUGAUACUGUUAUCGCAGAGGUGAAGAUAAAAUGGUCGACGCGAGCAUAUAAAGGUAUCUUGAAGAUACGUUCGGUUGUGACAGAUGGCGCCACGUGUUCUAGCCAUCUCCUCUGUGUUUGGCAAGGUAGAAAACUAUUCCAAAUCAGUGAUGCACAAACAUAAAUAUCGAAAUAAUAUUUUAUUUCCAAUUUU